AUGAAAAGUUAUGCACAGACGGACCCCCAGAUCGUUGACUGGCCGCUAAUGAGUGGCGGACCCGAAAUUUUAAUGGCAAUUUUGCUGUUAUGGCUAUUAUUUGUCACAAAAUUGGGACCAAAUCUCAUGAAACACAGAAAUCCGUUUGUUUUGCGCGAAAUAAUAAUGAUUUAUAACUUUAUAUUAGUCGUAAUCAACGCAUACUUUGUUUACGCGUCCGUCAAAUGGUUAGACUACGGCCGCAAGUCAUGGCUAACUAGACUCCCGGCCCGUAACCAGUGGUCGGACAAAGCGAUCGGUGAAAUACCAGAGAAAGCGUUCUACGCCUACACUAAACUCUUUGAUUUAUUCGAUACCGUAUUCUUUGUGUUGCGAAAAAAGUCAAACCAAGUCUCGUUUCUUCACGUUUACCAUCAUUUUAUGGUUCCUGUAUUGGGAUAUAUUGGAGCAAAACUGUGUCCGCAAAGUGUGGCCGUAGAAGUGUUUUGUUUGCUUAACUCUAUUGUACACACAGUUAUGUACAGCUAUUACCUGUUGUCGGCAUUUGGACCCCAAAUACAGUCCUAUUUAUGGUGGAAGAGAUAUAUCACACGAUUGCAGUUAAUACAGUUCGCCAUAUUAAUUACGGGAAUGAUAUAUGGUCUAUAUCAUGGUCAUGCAGCCGAUUAUCCCAUAGGAAUGCAAUGGGUAGUUGGGGGGUUCGAAUUUAGGUGGGGAACUAGACAGUAUAUGAGGAUAAACAUCAAAUGUAUAAAUUCCAUUCAUGCUCAAAAUUAA